ACAUACUAAUUAUCAUCAUGGUGAAGCUCGUUGCUAUGGGAAAUGGCAGAGUAGUUGUGGUCAUGGCUAUCUGGGUUCCUCUCUUCCUCCUGGCUUGUAUGACACAACUGAGCAUGUCAUCAUCAAGAACAAACCUCUACGAUGGUGUAAGAGAUUAUGAUCAGUGGCUGCAGCAGCAGAAGCAACAACAACGAUGCUCCAACAUCUCCGACUGCAAAUAUUUCGUGUAUUCAUCUGAUGCGCACGGGAGCAGCAGCAGCUGCCGCUAUGGACAAUGUAUCGGUGGUCGCUGCGGAUGCAGUAGCAAUACUGCUACUGCUAGUGGUGCUACUAUCCAUAGCCAGAGGAUGUUUGGUGCUGCAACUCUGACUUCCGCUGACACGAAUUAUACGGGUUGUAACGAAGGCCGGCAUUGUGGAGAAGACGCAGAUUGCGCAAAACAAUGCCCCAAAGGAUAUCGUAGGCGUGUCACCUGUAGCUGUGGACAGUGCUGGUGUGGCUAUUGAUUUCUGGAGAAGCGAAUAAAGCUAAGUGAGCUGCC